GCCAUUGCCUCCAUAAACCAGAAGGUGAACCUUAUCGCCGUUAUCAUCGAGUUCGGCUUCCCCAGGCGAACUAAGGGCACUGGGCACACUAUUGGUUGUUCGCUACAUGCAAAGGAUCCCAUUAGUUACCAUAGAUGCAGCGAUAUGAUUACCAUGACGAGUCUCUAUCAGAUAGUAAAUUUUGAUUUGAUUGAUCCAUUCCUGGGAGUGGGAGCUCACGAGAUAUGUCAAGAUUCAAUUAUCCACAUUUUGUGUGAUGACCUGGUCUAAACACUGGAUCUUUCUUCUACUUGAAAGUCCAACCAAUCAAUUCAUGGAACUUCAUGUCACUUGGUCAAUUAAAUUUAUUUAUGAUUCUUGGGUCAUAUAAAUUACUCUUUUCACCAUUCCCCCUAUCUCUGCCUAGUAAUUUUGUUAGUUUUGAGCUACAAUUUGUUUCAGUAAGGUUCUGCCUACUUUGAGAGCACUUAUAAUUCUUUGGCAGAUUACUUUUGUGCUGUAAAAAUUGUCGAUCAAUCUCAGCCAAAACCUGGAAUUACUGCAAAUAUUUUUGCUGAAAGUUUGGAAAAGCUUCCCCAUGUUGCUUCAGCAGGAGACAUCAUUCAACUCUCUCGUGUUGUGAUGAAAACUCAUCAAGGGGAAAUAUAUGUUGUCUUCAACAAGAAGUUUUCUUCAUUUGCUUUAUAUGAAGGACAAUAUGGAACGAGCUUUCAACCAUAUGAUGUUUCACCAAAAUUUCAACCGAGAGAUCUCGAUAAGAAGUUUAUUUUGAGUCUGAGAGAUUGGCUUGUUGGUUUUGAACUUGAUGAAGGAUCAACGAACUUUUCAUUUGUGAGGGAUAUAAAGGAAAGCAAGCAUGUUAAUUUGAUCUGCAAGAUUGUCUACAUAUGUAAGGAUGCUCAGGAUGGGGCUCUUGCUUUUGUCUGGGAUGGAACUGAUGCUCAACCAAUUAGCAUUGAUACAAAGUUGGCAAAUGAAAUUGACAAUGCGCAUCAAUUGGGACCAAUGUUGCCAAGAGAUAAGUUAUGCACGUUACCUUCAGUUGGCUCUAUCUUGAGGUUAAUUUUUGACAAAGGGACUGAGAAGCAGAGUCUAUGCGUGCUUGAGUCUGGUAAAUGGGUGAAAUUUAUUAAUGUCCUAUGUGAAAUGCAAGUUGGAUUCUUCCAAAUUGUGGUGACAGCAUUUUCGAAGCUUCGAUAUAUGCCAGAGGAGGAUCAUGCUAUACAGGCACGCCAAAGAUCAUACGAGGAACGUUUAGCAUCAAAGUUGGGUAGAAUUUCUUUUUGGAGCUUUCCUUGGCCUUCACCCAUUACAGAGGUGGACUACAAUGAUGAGCCGUUUGUCACAUUGAUGGAUGUUUUAACAUAUCCAAAGGUGACUGCAAAAUUUAAAUGUGUAGUUCGAGUUGUGGCUGUAUAUCCAUUACAGGCCAAGGACUUCUGCUCUCCUGAAGGGACCUACCGGGUUAGGCUGAGCCUAGAAGAUUCAACUGCAAGAAUUCAUGCCUUAUUGUAUGCGGAAGAUGGAUGCAAAUUCUUUGAUGGCCAUCCAUCGGUCGACGCUCUAACAAGGAAGCGAAACAAAUUACUUGGAGUUUCAGCAAGCGGGGAAAAUGAGGCCAGCAUAAGAAAUCCUCCUUGGGUGCAGUGCUGCUUGAAAUCUUAUUACCUCAAUAAACAAGAUUUGUGGGGAAGUAGACGGUACAGACUGUUUGGCACUCGGCUAGUGGUAGUAGAUUAAUAGAAUAGGUGGAACAGUGGCCUAACUGAUCAAACUUUGGGAAAAACAACUUGCUUUUGUGGCAUUUCAGAUAUUUAUUAGAAUUAGCAGCAGACAAAGUGGAAGAAUGCCAAGUGGUCAAACUGUGGGAAAAUAAGCUUGUUUUUUGGCAUUUCAGAUAUUUAUAUUUCAUAGCUGUAAAUAUUUUUCUGUUUCCGAAAAGAAAAAGGUUGUAAAUUUUGCAUGGCGUCGAAUAUUUGCACCCAGUUGACACUUGCAGAAUUGGAUCACAGUUGGAUAUCAUUACACGA